UCUCUCUUUAUUCACUGCAACCGUCGCUAGUUCUUAAUUGUUUUCAAUGGCUAAAACUGCUUCUGUAAUAUUGACCCAAAACCUUUCUGAUACCAAAAGGACCACCUCCUUUAAUCAUUCAGCUAAUGAUGAUGAAAUCCCCACCAUUGAUUACAGCAUGCUGAUCUGCUCUAAUGAUCCUGAUCAACGACUCAAAGCCCUCCAAUACCUUGCCUAUGUCUGCAAGGAGUACGGCUUUUUCUAUCUGGUAAAUCAUGGGGUGCCUGAUAGCGUAAUUGAGAGAGCACUGAAUGGGAUUUCCGAUUUCUUUAAUCUGACGGAGGAGGAAAAGAUGGAUUAUGAGAAGAAGGAUUCAACGGAUAGGAUCAGAUGGGGGCUAGGGUUCUCACCCGGGGACCAUGAAGCUGUCAAGAGGGAGUAUCUCAAGGUGCUCCCGCAUCCAAAGUUUGAAGGCCCUGCUAAACCAGCUGGUUUCAGGGAGGCCUUGGAAGAUUAUUACCAAAGGGAUCGAGAGGUGAUAAUUAAUUUGGCUAAAGCAGUAUCGAAAACAUUGGGAUUUGAGGAAAAUUACUUAGAGAAGGAAUUUGAGUUGGAAACUGGGGCUGAUGUUUCUGCUAUGAACGUGUAUCCGCUCGGCUUUAAACCCAACACUCAAAUCGGUUUGCCGGCUCAUUAUGACCCUGGCUACCUUGUUUCCCUCGUACAAAACGUCAACGGUGGUCUCCAACUAAACUAUAAACAAAAGUGGAUCAAUGUUGAUAUGCCUUCCAAUGCCCUUUUCAUUAAUAUUGGGGAUCAUGUUGAGGUUUUAACAAAUGGGAAGUACAAGAGUCCUAUGCAUCGUGUGAUCCUGAACAACGAGGUGAGAAGAGUCUCUGUGGCCACAGUCCAUGGACCAUCACUUGACACAUUUGUGAAACCAGGUCCAGAGUUUGUGGGCGAGUCUCACCCACCAGCAUACCGAGGGAUGAUCUACAAGGACUCCUUGGAAGCCAAUGGUUACCAUGAGAUCGAUGGAAAAUCAUGCAUAGCACAACUUCGACUAUGAACUAGAGUUCAUGCUGGCAAGGAGUUGUUAUGUGCUAAACCAUUAAAAUAAGACUUAUUUAUGGAUAUACCCCUUGUGCUUUCAAAAUAGUCUCAUGUUAGCUACUCCAUCUGAUUUGAGAGAAGUUCCGUUAGUUGAUGUGACCCCCACUUCUUUUCAAUCUCUUAACAAGGGAGAGGAAGGGUUAGUCAGGUUGAGAACAUGGGAAAUUUGGGAGAAGAAGGUUUUCUAAACCUCCAGAUUCUCACAUCUAAAAUUCCCUCAACCUAACCUUCUUCUCUCAAAUUCCCCAUUUUCUCCAAAAUUUUCCCUUUUCCCAACCUGACUAACCAUUCCUCUCCUUUGUUAAGAGAUUGAAAAGAAGUGGGGGCCACAUCAGCUAACGAAACUUCUCUCAAAUCUGACGGAAUAGCUAACAUGAGACACUUAUUGAAAGUAUAGGUGGUAUAUUGAGACAUUUCAAAGAAUAGAUAGUAAUCUAAGACUAUUUUAAACGCACGAAGGGGAUAUCCAUAAAUAAGCCUUAAAAUAAUAAUGUGUGGAAGUAAUUAAAUAGAAUUGCUCAUAAAUAACUUUCUGUUGCAGUGCUAAUACUUAUGAAUAAGGUUUAUUGUUUUGAUAAU